AUCUUCUGAUACUCCUAAAAAGUGGAAAAGGUCGAGAUAUCAUCAUUCAUGUUGGGAAGGGUACUGAAAAUGAAACUUUCGAAUUACAUUCUGGAAUUUUAUACGUUCGAUGUCCAUAUUUUUCUAAUGAAUUAGAUGAACUGGAUUACAACGAAAAUCAUAUUAAAGAAAUCAGCAAACCUAACAUUUCAGUUGACGUUUUUAGAGUCAUAAUCACGUAG